GGCCGCUGGGCGGCGGUCGGCUCCUGCUGCCUGCUCCGAGACCCCCGCACCUGGCCAGGUUCAAGGCCCAGACAUGGCCCGACGGUCACAGAGUUCCUCUCAGGGGGACAAUCCCCUGGCACCCGGGUACCUGCCACCCCACUACAAGGAGUACUACCGCCUGGCAGUAGACGCACUGGCCGAGGGUGGACCAGAGGCCUACAGCCGCUUCCUGGCCUCGGAGGGGGCACCAGCCUUCCUCUGCCCGCAGGAGGUUGAACACGUGAACCGCCACCUGCGCCCCCCCCAGCAUGCUUCCCGGGAUUCCCCCGAAGGCAGUCCCCCCAACGUGGACUUGGAUGGCUCUUCGGGCACCUACUGGCCCAUGAACUCGGACCAGGCCGUACCUGAGCUUGACCUGGGCUGGCCGUUGACCUUCGGCUUCCAGGGUACUGAGGUCACGACACUGGUGCAGCCCCCACCCCUCGACAGCCCCAGCAUCAAGGACGAGGCACGGAGGAUGAUUCGCUCGGCCCAACAGGUGGUGGCCGUGGUGAUGGACAUGUUCACAGAUGUAGACCUGCUGGCCGAGGUGCUGGAGGCGGCUGCACGUCGAGUUCCAGUCUACAUCCUCCUGGACGAGAUGAACGCGGAAUAUUUCCUGGACAUGGCCGAGAAGUGCCGAGUCAAUCUGCACCACGUAGAUUUCCUGCGUGUGCGCACGGUGGCAGGCCCCACCUACUACUGCCGCACAGGGAAGUCUUUUAAGGGCCACGUGAAGGAGAAGUUCCUGCUCGUGGACUGUGCUGUGGUCAUGAGUGGUAACUACAGUUUUAUGUGGUCCUUUGAGAAGAUCCACCGCAGCCUGGCCCACGUGUUCCAGGGAGAACUAGUGUCCAGCUUCGACGAGGAGUUCCGCAUCCUGUUCGCACAGUCGGAGCCGCUGGUGCCAGCUGCGGGCGCCCCAACCCGCAUGGACAGCUACGCCCUGGCACCCUACCUGGGGGCCGGGCCCGUCCUGAGCAGCCAGAUGGCACCAGGGCCCGGCCCGUUCUUCCCCAAGCGCGCGCACCUGCUGUUCCCGCCACGGGACGAAGGCCUGGGCUUCCCGUCCUUCUUGGAUCCUGACCGCCACUUUUUGUCCGCCUUCCGCCGCGAGGAGCCACCUGCCGGGCUGCGGCUGUCCCGGAGGCUGGAGCCUGAGCUGGGUCCCGGUGGGCCCGAGCUGGGAGGCGGCCGGGCCUUCUUCCAGGGCCGCCACCUGGAGAUGGACUCGUUCAAGCGGCAAAGCUUCGCUGAUGGCACGGCGGCCGUGGAGAACUUCUCGGCGGCUCGCCAGGUGUCCAGGCAGACCUUCCUGAGCCACGGGGGCGACUUCAGCUUCCAGACCAGCCACUUCCAACGCGACCAGCAGGUCUUCCAGCAGCACUACCAGUGGGACCCGCAGCUGGCACCUUCGCGCACCCAGGGGCUCUUCGACAAGCUGCGCUCGGGCCGGGUGGGCUUCCCAGAUGCCGAGGACCACUUCGCAGUGGGCGCCCCACCGCGCUUCCCCGAGCUGGGUCUGGAUGGGCACCAGAGGCUGGACUACGUGCCGUCUGGUGCCUCCCGUGAGAUGCGACACAGCUCAGACCCGGCCUUUGGGCAGCCGCCGGGGAUGUACGGCCUGGACACUGCGACUUUGGCAGCUCCUGGCCGUCCCAACCCAGGCCAGAGAUUCCCGUGCCAGACUGCCACGGCCAGGCUGGGCACCGAGGCGGCCCCCGAGCUGGAGCCUGAGCGCCGGGCAGGACCUGAGGGCCGCGCGGGCCUGCGCCACUGGCGACUCGCCUCCUACCUUAGUGGCAGCCACAGUGCUGAGGACGCAUCCGAGGAGGGGCUGCCGGCACCCAUGGACGCUGAUCCCUACGAGGACGACGUGAUGGUGCCUCAGGGGGGCCGGGGGCCUGCAGGUGACCUGCUGCCGUCGGCCUUUCGCCAGCCGGCGCCCUACCUACCCAGGGGCCGAGCGCAGAGCCCCAGCGGGGGAGCCGAGGGCGUUGAGCAGGAAGGCUCCGAGGACACCGGCCUGGGCAAGCAGGACUCCUUCCGCUCGCGACUGACCCCGAUGAUCCAGCGCAGCUCACGUCUGCGCUCCUCGCUCAUCUUUAGCUCUUCGCAGGCCGAGGGCGUGGGCAGCGGAGGAACUGGAGGGGCCACAGAGAAAGUCCAGCUGCUGCACAAGGAGCACACGGUCAGCGAGACGCUGGGCCCUGGUGGCGAGGCAGUGCGCACAUCGGCCUCUGCCAAAGUGGCCGAGCUCCUGGAGAAGUACAAGGGCACCUCGAGAGACCCUGGUGGUGCCGUCACGAUGGCCAGCCACAGCAAGGCCGCGGUGAGCCACUGGCGCGAGGAGGUGGCCGGCCCGGGCGGUGGGGCCACAACCAGUGGCGAGCGGCGCAGCCUGGAGAGCUGCUUGCUGGACCUGCGAGACUCCUUCGCCGAACAGCUGCACCAGGAGGCCGAGCGGCAGCCAGGCGCCGCGGCCCUCACGGCCACUCAGCUGCUGGACACGCUGGGCCGUGGCAGCAGCGACCAGGCCCCGUCGCGCUUCCUCUCCGCUGUGCAGGGUCGGGACAGCCAUCCGCCGGACACGGCCCACUCGGACCCAAAGGGGAACCUGGCUCCUGGGUUCCUCACUCAAAGAGGCGGCCCGGCGGAGAAGACAGGCCCUGCUGCACCUGCUGGCCCUGAGCGCAGGGGCAGCCCGGUGCCAACCAUGCCCGAACGCAGAGGCAGCCCAGCACCACCUCUGGCUGAGCGCAGGGGCAGCCCGGUGCCAACCAUGCCCGAGUGCAGGGCCAGCCCGGGAACUGCCGUGCCUGAGCGCAAGGCCAGUCCGGUGCCCCCCGUGCCCGAGCGGAGGGGCAGCCCGGUGCCCCCUGUGCCCGAACGCCGGGACAGCCUCACUCUCGCCUUCCCUGGGGAGUCUUCAAAGGCCGGCCAGGCAGAGGAGACAAGUGGCCCCAUGGAUGUCCUGCGCAAGGGCUCCCUGCGCCUUCGCCAGCUGCUGAGCCCCAAGGGGGAGCGGCGUCCAGAGGAGGAGAACAGCUUCCCCACGGACCGGCCGCAAGAGAACGGGCAGCCUGAGAGCCCAAGGCGGCCUUCUCUGGGCCGCAGCGACAGCUCAGACGCUGCCUUGGGUGAGGAGCGGACCCCACGGCCUCGCCUGUCCUCGGCAACCGCCAAUGCCCUAUACAGCAGCAACCUGCGCGAUGACACCAAGGCCAUCCUGGAGCAAAUCAGUGCCAACGCACAGAAGCACCGCAGCGUGCCCAGCCCCGGCCCCAGCUCCAGCCCCAGCCCUGCACACAGCAGCCCCGAGCUGGGCCGCCCUCCGGCACUCGCCACCGGUGGCCUGGCACCGGACAUGUCCGACAAGGACAAGUGCUCUGCCAUCUUCCGCUCGGACAGCCUCGGGGCCCAGGGCCGGAGUCGCACGCUGCCCGGUGGCGCCGAGGAGCGAGACCGCCUGCUGCGCCGCAUGGAGAGUAUGCGCAAAGAGAAGCGCGUGUACAGCCGCUUCGAGGUCUUUUGCAAGAAGGAUGACCCAGCCGUGGCCGAAGGGCCCGCCUCCACCGACGACGCCAGGGACAGCAAAGUGGGCAAAUUCAUGCCCAAGAUCCUGGGCACUUUCAAAGGCAAGAAGUGAGGCUUCCGGUGCCCGGCACAGAUCUGCAGUCGGGAGGCAGCUUUGGGGUUGCUGGGGGGACUGCCUGUCUGCCCGCCUGUCUCUCUCCAGACUUAACCCCACACCCAUUCCCACUCCCUCACCCAUCAAGGACUGCAGCCUGCUCUGGCCCUGCGUAACCUGCUGUUUCCCCCACUUACUCAGGGACUGUCUCUGUGCCUUCGCCUCCCCAAUCUUCAGCUCCCUAUCCCCAGUCCUGCCUCCUUCCUUCGCCAUACCUCAGGAUUUUUGUGUCCUCAGGGUUCUGCUGGCUUCAGCUUUCUGGCAGGACUUCCCCACCCACUGGCCCACCCUCUCCCACCCAGAGGCCCACACUCACCCAACCAUGUCUGCAGGAGUCGUGGGAACACCAGACUCAGGGUG